CGCUCGCCCAAUCAGUGGCCGCGCAGCAAAUUCAAACCGUGCGGCGGUUGGGCCGGGUCCGGGCGGGCGCCCCGGGGUCAGCGAUGGAGCGCCGCCCGGCAGCGCCGGGACCCUACCGUGCCACCGAGCUGUGGAAUGAAAUCACCAGGUACUUCCGAGCCGGCGUGCCGCUGAGGACGCACAGGCAGCACUUGAGAAAGCACGGCAGCUGUUUCACCGCCUCCGAAGCUGCAGAUUGGCUGCACGAAGCGCUGAGGAACAACAGCAACUUCGGGCCUGAAGUGAGCAGGCAGCAGACUGUCCAGCUGCUAAGGAAGUUCCUCAAGAAUCACGUAAUUGAAGAUAUUAAAGGAAGGUGGGGGUCAGAAAGCCUCGAAGACAAUGGUGCGCUAUACAGGUUUCCUUCAACCUCUCCAGUUAAACCUCUACCAGCUUCAUGUCGCCAAAAUGAAAACUUAGGAACCUUCCCUAGAGACAGACUUCUUAAGCUGCCACAUUUAUCAAGGAGAACUCCGAAAAAACACGAAUUGCUGAGAGCUCUGGAAAAUGUGGAGAAAACAAAGCUGGAUAAAACAGCAGAAAACGAAGAGGAGGCACAGUGCAGGAAGGAAGUAAGCCAGGAAUGCGUGCAAGAAACUUGGAGAAAUAUCAUUCUAAUACAUUUGCAAACCAUUUUAGGCCUCCCAUCCUUGGAAGCAGUUCUGCAGCCAGCACAGAUAGUUCCUGAGCACGUCAUAUACAAUAUGACACACACAAGCAAACACGGUGUUGUAAUUUUGCAGAACAAAUCAGAAGACCUCCCUCACUGGGUGCUGUCAGCCAUGAAGUGCCUCGCCUACUGGCCCAGAAAUAAUGAUAUGAGCCAGCCAACUUACAGUGGGUUUGAACGGGAUGUCUUCAGAACAGUUGCUGAUUAUUUUCUCAAUCUUCCUGAACCAUUGCUUACUUUUGAAUACUAUGAACUUUUUGUUAAAAUUUUGGUUAUGUGUGGCUUCAUCACAAUUCCAAAUAAAUGCAAUGGAAAACAUUCAGUCCGAGAUGAGACCUGUGACCCACAGCCUUCAAAAAUUCUUCACUUGAACUCCUUCAAGUCAACUGAAUGUCUUCUUCUAAGCCUACUUCGCAAGGAGCCAAAGGGAAAGAAGGAGGAGUAUGAAGCUUCCUGGAAGUCCUCUUCAGAAGAGUUGGCUGUUCAGACACAACGUGCAAGGAAAUUGCAGCAGUGUGAGCUGACAAGUAAACGAGGCAGUGCUGGCAUUCUCAUAGGAGGAAGUUGUCAGAAUCUUUCAGGUUUCAGGAAUGAACAAGAUCUGUCUCUAAAUCUGAAGACGAGAUGUUACUCUUUGGAAAGAAUUGGAAACGCUGCCUCAAGAGUACAUCAUAAAGGAGAAUCGGAUUCCCUCGGGGAAGCUAAUGUCUCGAGCACAAGAAAUAAGGAGCACUGGCUGCCAUGUGUGGCUAAGACUGAGUCUGUGUUGGAGUUUGGUUGUGAAAACGCAUGCCAAAAACAAAGUGAUGGCUCAAAGAGAGCGUCUGCCUCAAUGCUUCAGGAUAGAGAGCUAUUUAAGGAAAAUCUUAAAUCAAAGCAAAUAUGCAGGUCUCAGAGUUUACUUGGGAGCAGGAACUCCAGAAGUUGCACCAGCAUCAAUGCCCCCGUUGCUGAAAUCACAGUAAAGCCGAGGUCUCAAUUCUGUGGGCAAAGAAGACCAAAUACCUCAGCGGCUGCUUCAGUGGGCAUCGGGACUGAGGUUCCUGAUGUAACCAUCAGUCAGAGGCUCUGCAGAAGUACCACAGCACUUUCAGAAUGCUCUUUCGCUCACUCUUAUGUGUUGACUGGCACGCAAAGUCUCCUUCAGCCUCACUUAGAAAGGAUUGCUGUUGAGGCCCUGCAGAUCUGCUGCUUGCUGCUUCCACCACCAAACCGCAGGAAGAUGCAGCUCCUGGUGAGGAUGAUGGCUCGCAUCAGUGAGAACGUGGACAUGCCGCGGCUGCACGACGCCAUGGGCACACGGUCCUUGAUGAUACAGACUUUCUCUCGCUGUGUGUUGUGCUGUGCAGAAGAAGUGGAUCUUGACGAGCUGCUUUCUACACGAUUAGUUUCAUUUCUCAUGGACCAUCAGCAGGAAAUAUUUAAAGUACCAACUUACCUGCAGGCUGCAGUGCAAGAUCACAUAGAACACAUGAAGAUGGCUCAGUGCAAACAUCCAGGGGAAGAAAUCUGUGCCAUAUUACCAACCUAUUCGUACUGUGAACAAAUAACCCCUCAGGAGUUUGAAGAACAAAAGGUUUCUACUUCUCAAGCUGCUGUGGCAGAGCUGUUGGAGAACAUCAUCAAAGAUAAGAACUUAUCUGUGAAAGAGAAAAAGAAAAAGUUAAAGCAGUUCCAGAAGGAAUAUCCUCUGAUAUACCAGAACAGAUUUCCAACCACAGAAAAUGAAGCCGUGCUGUUUGAGAACAAACCUACCAUCAAACAACCCAUGCUGAGCCUAAGGAAACCCAAAUUUCGCAGCCUGAGAUAUUAAUGUCUGCUGCACGUUGCCUGGGGGUGUGCCUGACCAAGGGGAGCUUGCAAUGGAAGGCAGUCUGCAGUGGCUGUGCACACAGAAGGAAGGAAUGUUUACAUGAACACUAUGCUGAGAAGUGCCAAAUAACUUGGGUUUUUUUGUUUCUUGGUUUUUUUUGGAAGUUACUUAUAUUUAUUGUUUUCCUAGAAGUUAUUUAACUGUUUACAAAUUAAUCGAUAUAUUGUGCCAAGCAAAAUAAGCGUGGAAAUGAAGCUACUAAUUACCAAAAAUUUGUAUAUGGUUUUUAUAUGGGAAACUAAUGAUGUGCAUAUUGUAAUGUCUGUAAUGUUUAUUCAGGAGCUGGUGCCAUGAGUUAUAGUUUGUGUGCACUCCUGAUUGUUUGCUGGGUGUGAAUAAGUGCCUGCCUUGUUUUGUUUAAAGACAAACAUUUUGAGAAAGCAAAGUUCAGUUUGGAACUAAAUUAAAACUUGUUUUUGUUAUUUCUAAGGGGGCCAGAAAUUCACCAGAAAGGGAUUAUCUGGCUCCUUGAAAUUCUUGUUUCCUCUCAUCCGAAACAGUUCUUAAAAUAUUUAUUUAUAUUAAAGCAUUCUGUGUAUUUCUGCUGUUUCCCUGAAUGCGUAUUUUGGGUGUAAUGAGACCCUUCUCAAACAGCACUGGGUGACAGCAGAUGGGACAGUGAACAGAAUCCUGAUGCACUGAGCUUCCCUGUUUUGUUCCCAGAAGUAAGCAGUGGAUCUGUGUCAGU